AUGGAAAUAACAGGAUUCACAAAUGGCAAUGCCGCCAAGUAUGUAGAACAGUUUUUCGAUCAGGCCGACAAUACAUUAAAAGAUACUUCAUCGCAAGGUCGAAAGCUAGUGAAGUUUUUAAAGUAUCAUCCAUAUAUUUGGAGCAUUGCCCAUAUUCCGGUCAUUCUAGAUUUGAUAUGUAGUCUUUGGGAUGAUGCCCAAUGGUCCACAAUAGAAACAAUCACUGUGACAACAUUGUAUGAUCAAAUAAUCGAACAGCUAUGUCGUCGAUACUUAACGAAACGAAAUAUCAAUCAUCAAAACAUGACAAAAACCAUUGUUUACACACAAUGUCGUAACGUAUUAGCAAUUUUAGAAAGCUUGGCUUUCAAUGCCAUGGAAACCGCAGUUAUUAUUUUCCAACCAACCUUACUUGAAAAAGCAAUCAAUGAAGCUGCAUGCUUAUCGACUGAUCAUUCACAGUUGCUUAACAUGAGCAUUCUCCGACAUUACGACCAUAAGCCGACUGAUCCUCGAAUUGAACCAGAAAAACAGUAUUAUUUUGUUCAUCUCAGUUUUCAAGAGCAUUUUACAGCACGAUACUUGAGUCAAGAUCCAGACAUAAAACGUCAAACAUGUUCAAUAUUGUCUGAGCUGACAAUAUCCAACCCGCAAAAAACUCUGAUUUCAACACUUAUCACCACGCUCGAGGAUGAUAAUACGAACAUCAGACAGAGUGCUUGUGAAGCUUUAGGUAACUUGGCUGGAAAACCAACAAUCGAUGAGGUGAUCGAUGCGUUGGGCAGCACACUAAAAGAUUGGCGGAAUCCUGUUGUGGAUGCAGUGGUGAAAGCAUUGGUGAAAAUUUGUGAGCGGUCUGAAAACACCGAGCUGAUUGAUGCCCUGGUCCAUGAAGUUCACCAUGAGAAUAGCACGAUUAGAUCGCACGUAUGCGUGGCUCUUGGUAACAUAAGCCAAGAAGUAGUCGCCAGUGAGGUCAUUGAUGCGUUGGCCAACUCACUCCAAGAUGAGGUAUGGACAGUGAGAUCAAGCGCGUGCGAAGCAAUCAGCAGCUUGGGUAAAAAUGUAGCCAGCUACGAGGUGAUGAAUGGCUUAUUGAAUGCAUUUUUCGAUGAGCAUCCUGUUGUUAGAUGGCGUGCGAGUAAUGCUUUCCAAGAUUUGAGUGAACAGGCAACAACCAAUGAAGUGAUCUUUCGUACGAGUACAAGCAAAGAAACAAUCGAUAGCAUAGUGAACGAUCUUGUGGACCAGAACGAGUGGAUUAGAGCAAAUGCGUGUAACACCAUCGCUGACAUGGAGGAAGCAAGUGCAAUCAAUGAAGUGAUUGAUGGCCUGAUGAAUGCACUUGGAGAUACCAGCGAAUAUGUUAGAGUGACAGCAUUUAAGGCUGUAUGUAAACUUGGCUUAAAAGUAGCAACAACCGAGAUGAUCAGUCGUCUAGUGAAUGCACUUACGGAUUCGGAUGAGUAUAUCAGAGAAUGUACAUAUGAGGCUCUCAGUAAAAUGGGUGACAAAGCAGCAACAAGUGAGGCGAUUGGUGGUCUGGUCAUUUUAUUUGGAGAUGAGGUUAUAGAUGUCAGCUGGCUUGCGUGCAAAGUCAUUCGUAACUUUGGUGAAAAAGCACGAACAAAUGAAGUAAUUGAAGCGCUAGUUGACUUACUUGAACAUGAAAAUUGA